UUCAUCUUCUAUGGUACCGAUGAAUGCCACACCAACAAACCUAUAUCCCGUUUCAACCCCCUGAACGAACCUCCUUGAGAAUAUGGGUGCAAUCGAUCAAACCGGUGCCGAGCGCCUCCGAUCCCGGAAGCCGAUCCCCAAGCCCGUGCCGGCAUACCUGCCCUCCGCAGGCUCGCCGCUGACGGUGCCUGGAGACUUGUAUGAGGCGGCUCGAAAGGCGCCGCGAGUUCUGCUGGAGGAAUUCACCUUGCCAAUUCGGUCCGGGAGGGCGUGGAAGGCCCCCGCCGGCUCAAUCGUUCGGAUCAGCACGCCAGAGGGACCUCAAGUCGGCGACCUCAACAUAUGGAACGCGCACAACCCCCGCGAGCGCUUCUGGGCCAGCCGGACCAAGCAGCUGCAUGCCUCGCACGUGACGACCCACGACAGGCUGUGGUCCUGCCUGCCGUACAUGCGCCCCCUGGUGACCAUCAUCGCGGACAGCCUCUCGUGGUACGGCGAGGACGAGCACGGGGGCCGCGUGCACGACCUCCUGGGCACGCGGUGCGACCCUUACAUCAAUACAGUGCUCUCGGGCCAGACAUACGACUUCCACUGCCACUCCAACUUGACGCGGGCGGUGGCGCCGUUCGGCCUGGCUGAGUCUGAUGUGCAUGAUGUGAUCAACCUGUUCCAGGUCACGGGGCUGGACGAGAAGGGCAGGUAUUUCAUGAACCCGUGCCCGGCCGAGCCUGGGGAUCAUAUUGAGUUCCUGGCGGAGCAGGACGUGCUUAUGGCGCUGAGCACUUGCCCGGGCGGUGACCUUUCGUUGUGGGGAUUCGGUAGUGACAGCGAGAAGGAAAUGAUCAAGUGCUGUCGGCCACUGAAAGUCGAGGUUUUCAAAUUGGAGGAUGAGAACUUGCUCAGUAACGGUGGGUGGAAGCCUGCCGAGACUUCCAAGUAUCAAGGAAAGCAUGGUAUGCAUGUUCCAGGUGGUGAGCACGAGGCAAAAUGAUGAGAGUGAGAUGAAGAGAGAUACAUUAGUUAAACGAUGGCUCAUCAUCGAAUAAGCCUUCAGACCCGAUCCGUGGACUGGAAAUGUGAAUAUGUAGUCACACUGAAGGAGGUCCCGUAAACCAUAACGGGCUCAAUCUUGAGAGUUGCGGAAGGAAUAAUAGGAAUAAUAAAAGAGUUCAUAUUGUGC